CUUUGACUGGUGUAAGGGCUGGGCUGUGCAAUUUACAUUCCACAAUUCAGGUUUUCCUCCCCUAUUCAAAUAUAAACACACACUUCUCCCCUUAAAAGAAGAAAUGAACUGCAGGAGCGUGUGUAGUUUCCUGUCAGGUUCUUGUGAAAGCACUUAAGACGGUUUCUCCUGGGCCUGACUUCACAAGCAGACUCACCAAAGGAGGGAAGCAGUCCUGCAGGGAGCUCCCAUUCAUCGCAGGGUGUACAUUUGUAAACAAAGCCAAAGGGCCCCCAGGAGAGACAUUGGCUUAUUACAUCCACCAUGAUCCUGGACAGAGCCAUCUGGGUCUGCAUUGCCUUCUGCUUUGGGGCUACCCAACACCUGAGAGAUCCUAGCAGGGAGCAGACAACAGCCAGCACCAUUCUCCAACAUGAGCCAUUUGUUGUGGUGUGGAACAUGCCCACAGCCAGAUGUCAAGAGCGUUUUGGGAUCCCUCUACCUCUUGGAGUCUACGGCAUUGUGGAGAACAAAGGCAAUGCGUUUCGUGGCCAAAACAUGACUAUUUUUUACAAAAACAAGUUUGGACUCUAUCCCUACAUCUCCCCAGAGGGUGAAUGGCAUAAUGGGGGAAUACCCCAGAAGGUCCACCUGAAGGAACAUCUAGAGAAGGCCUCAAAAGAAAUAACAGAACUUUUGAAUCGUGACUUUCAUGGGCUGGCAGUGAUUGAUUGGGAGGAGUGGCGCCUUUUCUGGAGACGGAACUGGGGGCCCAAGAAGGUGUACCGGAAGGCCUCUGAACAAUGGGUGCAGGAAAGAUUUCCUGAUCUGUCCCCCAAGCAACAAACUUCCUUGGCUACAGUAGAGUUUGAACAGGCAGCUCGGACGCUUGUGGAGAGGACACUGCAGUUGGGGACAGAGCUGAGGCCGCAGGGUUCCUGGGGCUUCUACCGAUUCCCUGAUUGCUUCAAUGACAAUUGGAAGAAAGGAGAGAACUACACUGGGCGUUGCAACCCCACGGAGGUCCAGUGGAAUGAUCGGCUCAUGUGGCUCUGGAAGAUUUCCUCAGCGCUUUACCCCAGCAUCUACCUCCCACCGAAGCUGCCAACCUCUUACCACCAGCAUUACGUUCACCACCGCCUCAGGGAGGCAUUCCGUGUGGCACAGUUUGGCCUGAAGCAGCCCCUCCCUGUGAUAGCGUACUCCAGAGUCUCCUACAGACAUUCCUCAAGGUACCUAACUGAGGAUGACUUGGUAUAUACAAUUGGAGAGAGUGCAGCACUUGGAGCCGCGGGGGUUGUGCUCUGGGGUGACCUUUCCUAUGCCCAGUCACCUGAGAGCUGCAGGAGCCUUCACCAUUACAUCACCACCACGUUGGGGCCAUAUGUUGUCAAUGCAACCACAGCAGCACGCACGUGCAGCCAUCAGUUGUGCCAUGGGAACGGACGUUGUGUGAGACGGCAGCCUGAUGAGAUGGGAGCCUUCCUUCACCUGGCCCCACAGCGGUGGGAAAAGGAGUCUGUGAUGUCAGAUUUUCUAGAGCCUGAAGUGCCAGCAUGGGAGCAAUUUCAGUGUGUCUGCUAUCCUGAAUGGAUUGGGGCCUGGUGUGAAAGGCCACGGUGGAUAGAGCCCUUCAAAGGACCAGAGCACCAGGCUACACAGUAUUAUGAUACCAUUGAUGCUGCACAUGGCAACAGGAUUAUUAUUAGGUCGAACAUCUGUCCUUCCUCCAUUUAUGAUGAAAAGACAGAACUCCAGAAAUUAUUCCCAGAAAUCCAGCCCUUUAAUCAAGGGCAGUCUUGAUGGAUUUUGUUCGAGAGAGUGAACUUUCCUUGGCUGGGUGACCCUUCCGUUUUCUCUACUCACAGAGGCUGACUUCCUGAGUGACAUCCAGAUGUUGACAACUAGACACACAUGCCAUACUUUCCCCCCACUGCCUUGUCCACUAACAGUUGAAAUAAUCACAGGUGUCAGAUAAUAUUAGUAAAGGCUUCUCUAGAGAUGUGCAUGGCCAGGGAGGAGCCGUAACUCAGGAGUGCAGCCAUGCUUUUGUAUGCAGGAAGUCUCCGGUAGAAUCCAUGGUAUCUCCAGCUGAAAUGAUCAGGUAGCAAGUGAAGCUGGAGAGCAGACAAAUACUGGGCUA